AGCCGGGUUUAUAGCAGCAGCCACUGCUGGGUGCUCUGGAGCCGGAGAGUCCCUGGGCAGCAUGCUGUGUGCCCUGCUCCUCCUUCCCAGUCUCCUGGGGGCCACCAGGGCCAGCCCCACCUCAGGCCCCCAGGAGUGUGCAAAGGGCUCCACGGUGUGGUGCCAGGAUCUGCAGGCAGCUGCCAGGUGCGGGGCCAUGGGGUACUGCCAAGGGGCCGUAUGGAACAAACCCCCCGUGAAGUCUCUGCCCUGUGAUGUAUGCCAGGACAUAGCAGCUGCUGAUGGCAACGGGCUGAACCCUGACGCCACGGAGUCUGACAUCCUGGCUUUGGUGAUGAAGACCUGUGAGUGGCUCCCCAGCCAGGAGUCUUCAGCCGGAUGCAAGUGGAUGGUGGAUGCCCACAGUUCAGCCAUCCUGAGCAUGCUCCACGGGGACCCGGACAGCGCCCCGGCACAGGUGUGCACAGCGCUCAGCCUCUGUGAGCCGCUGCAGAGGCACCUGGCCACCCUGGGGCCACUCUCCAAAGGGGACACCUCUGAGGCUGUGGCUCCAUUCAUGGCCAAUGGGGCCCUUAGGUUCCACCCUUCCCAGGUGCCUGAAGGAACUCUGUGCCAAGACUGUGUACGGCAGGUCUACCGACUCCAGGAGGCUGUCCGGUCCAACUUGACCUUGGCAGACUUGAACAUCCAGGAGCAGUGUGAGUCCUUGGGGCCUGGCCUGGCUGUCCUCUGCAAGAACUACCUCCGUCAGUUUUUUGUCCCUGCUGAGCAAGCACUGAGCCUUCUCCCCGCGCAGGAGCUCUGCAAAGGGGGAUUCUGUGAGGAGCUAGGGGCACCUGCCCACUUGACUCAAGUAGUGGCCAUGGACGGGGUCCCCUCCCUGGAGCUGGGGUUGCCAAGGAAACAGAGUGAGAUGCAGAUGAAGGCCGGAGUGACCUGUGAGGUGUGCAUGAGCGUGGUACAGAAGCUGGACCACUGGCUCAUGUCCAAUAGCUCUGAGCUCAUGAUCACCCACGCCCUGGAGCGCGUGUGCUCGGUAAUGCCUGCCUCUAUCAGGAAGGAGUGCAUCAUCUUGGUGGACACCUACAGCCCCUCCUUGGUGCAGCUUGUGGCCAAAAUCACCCCAGAGAAGGUGUGCAGGUUCAUCCGUCUGUGUGGCAACUGGAGGCGGUCCCGAGCACUCCCUGACGCCUAUGCAGUCGUGCUGUCCCCAGAGUGGGACGCGGAGAACCAGGGCAGCUUCUGCAAUGGUUGCAAGAGGCUGCUCACGGUGUCCUCCCACAACCUGGAGAGCAAGAGCACCAAGCGAGACAUCCUGAUGGCCUUCAAGGGUGCCUGCAGCAUCCUGCUGCUGCCCUACAUGAUCCAGUGCAAGCACUUCGUCACCCAGUAUGAGCCUGUGCUCAUUGAGAGUCUCAAGGACGUGGUGGACCCUGUGGCUGUGUGCAAGAAGGUGGGGGCCUGCCAUGGUCCCAGGACCCCACUGCUGGGCACUGACCAGUGUGCCCUGGGCCCAAGCUUCUGGUGCAGGAGCCACGAGGCCGCCAAGCUGUGCAACACUGUGCAGCACUGCCAGAAGCACGUAUGGAAAGAGACACCCCUCCACGCCGGGGAACACGCAUGA